AUGGGCAAUGAGUCGUCUACUCCGGUAGACGAGUCGACACGUCCGACGACCCUCUAUGCGCGCAACAUUGAAGCAGUCGCCAGAUACAUCAAGGAGAGGAAUGUCAAGAACAUUGUGGUCAUGACUGGGGCCGGCAUCAGCACAAGCGCAGGCAUCCCAGACUUUCGUUCUCCUGACACCGGCCUGUACUCUAACCUCGCCCGUCUCAAUCUUCCCUACGCCGAGGCCGUCUUUGAUAUCUCCUACUUCCGUACCAACCCAUACCCAUUCUAUACCCUCGCCCACGAACUGUAUCCAGGAAAGUACCGGCCAACCGUCACGCACUCCUUCAUCAGCCUGUUACACAAGAAAGGCAAACUGCUCAAGCUAUUCACACAAAACAUAGACUGUCUGGAGCGGGAAGCCGGAGUUCCGGGAGAUAUGAUCGUGGAGGCUCAUGGUUCCUUUGCAACGCAGAGAUGCAUUGAGUGCCGUACAGAAUACCCAGAUGAUCUGAUGAGAGAGGUGGUCGGCAGGAAAGAGGUGCCGCACUGUGUGAACAAGUCGUGUGGUGGUCUCGUAAAGCCCGACAUCGUUUUCUUCGGCGAGCAGCUGCCCGAGGCCUUUUUCCGCAACCGCAGUCUCCCAGCAAAGGCUGAUCUGGCCAUCAUUAUGGGCACAAGUCUCACGGUUCAGCCGUUUGCCAGCCUACCAGCGUUCGUCGGCGAAACCACUCCCCGAGUGCUCAUCAAUCUAGAGAAAGUAGGCGGGCUUGGUUCGCGCCCGGAUGAUGUGCUGCUCCUCGGCGACUGCGAUGCAGGGGUCAGGAGAUUUGCAGAUGCCCUUGGCUGGCGGGAGGAGCUUGAGGAACUGUGGGAAACGACGAAUCCAUCGAGAGACCGACAAGUGCCGCAGGAGCCAAAGAGUCGUCAAGAAGCAUUGGACGACGAGAUUGAGAAGUUGACCAAGGACAUUGAUGCAUCGUUGAAAUUGACAGGUGAGGCAAACGACCGGAUGAGGGCUGACCUAGGGAAGAACAACUCGUCCCAUACGAGUACGGUGCCUCAGCUGUCAAGUGGCAGCGGCAGCGAGGCUGAGUCAAGCUUGUCCAGCGAUGAGCCUAAUCUUCGGCACGUAUUUCCGCAUCUACAUAGAGACGGGCAGGAGAAGGCGAAGGCAGUUCUGUGA